UUGAAUCUUUUUCAUGAGCUACGUAGUCCAUAUAUAUAUACUUGCAACUUUAGUUUUUCCAAUAUUAUAGUUUUGCUCAAUUUUCUAUAGUGAGUUUUUCUUAAGAUUUGCAUCAAUAUGGCACCAAAGAAUAACAAGUACGACGUUUUCAUAAGCUUUAGAGGUGAGGACACCCGUAACAAUUUCACUAGCCAUCUUCACAAAGCAUUGCUGCUUAAAAAUUUACAAGUUUACAUGGAUGAGAGGCUUGAGAGUGGUGAUGAGAUUUCUUCAUCUCUUUUGAAAGCAAUUGAAGACUCAAAGCUUUCUCUCAUAGUUUUCUCGGAAAAUUAUGCAUCUUCGAGGUGGUGUUUGGAUGAAUUGGUUCAUAUUCUGAGGUGUAAAGAAAGAUAUGGGCAGAUUGUUGUGCCAAUAUUUUAUCAUGUGAGUCCAUGUGAUAUCAGAAAACAAUCAGGGAAUUUUGGAGUUGCAUUUGGUGCACUUGAAGAACGCUUUGGAAGUGAGUCUGAUAGAUUGAGUCAAUGGAGGAAUGCUUUAACAUCUGCAGCUAAUCUUUCUGGCUGUAAUGCACCCAUAAACAGGUGUGAGUCCGACUUAAUUGAGAAAAUUGUCGAAGACAUCUUGAAGAAACUGAAUUCUUUGUCAUCAAGUAGUGACUAUUUGAAUAAUGGCCUUGUUGGAAUGAGCAGACGCAUUGAACAUCUUGAAUCAUUGUUAUUAUGUGUUCCAAUUUUGGGCAUUUGCGGCAUGGGCGGCAUGGGUAAGACAACUCUAGCGCGAGCCUUAUUUACUCAAAUUUACAAUCGGUUCGAAGGUUACUGCUUUCUUGAAAAUGUUAGGGAAGAAUGGGAAAAACAUAAUGGGCCCAGUUUGAGGAAACAACUUUAUUCUGAGUUAUUGAAUAAGGAAAAAAAUCAAGAUAUAGUCAUGAUCAACAUGUUUGAGAAGGAUAGACUUUGUCGUAAAAAAGUACUAAUUGUUCUUGAUGAUUUGGAUGAUGUAGAUCAAUUUGAGCAAUUAUUAUGUGGAGAUCGUGAUUGGUUAUGUCAUGGAAGUAGAGUAAUUAUAACUACUAGAGAUCAACAAAUACUUAAGAAUAUUGGGGUUGAUCAAAUCUGCAUGGCAAAUCAACUAGACGAUGAUGAGGCUCUUCAACUCUUUAGUUUGAAUGGAUUCAAAAGUGAUUUUCCACCAACUAGUUUUAUGGAGUUGUCGAUAAAAGUAGUGAAUUAUGCCGCAGGAAUGCCAUUGGCUCUUAAAGUUUUAGGUUCUCAUUUGUAUUCGAAAAGUGAAGAAGAGUGGAAUAGUGCAAUAAACAAGUUGAAAGUGUUUCCCAAUGUAGAGGUGAUUUCCUACAAUUGAUUAGAUAGGCACCAGCAACCUGUCAAGAACAAAGAAAAGAGAGACGAGAGUUCAAUUGGGAGCACCGGUGGGGUGCCAGCCAAAGGGACUCCGACGCUCAAGUCAGUCGGGUUGUAAUGAGAGCUAAUAGAAAGCAAUAAAAUUAAGAUAUAAAUAAUCAAAAUAAUGAUGGAUGGAGGAGUCGUAAAAUGGUCAGAGUGACGGUGGCAAUGACGGAGGGGUCAAGCGACUAGGUCAGGUCCAAUUAGACUGACUAAUUAGUCUUGCUUGACUGGAUUGCUCAGAAAUAGAGUAGCCUUCGUUUCAAUUAUAGAGUAAAGAAAAUUCAGUGAUUAUCUGAUGCCUUUUCUCAACCUCUGAUGGUCUUAUUUAUUGUCCUCCUUUUCGUUCCGUCCUCCUUCGUCUUUCUGAUUCGUUUGACUCGCUCCAAGUGGUUUCGUUCCGAGAUUCUUGGCGAACGUGAUGGGAGCCUUGACUGUUUCAAGGUCCCUGGCUGACUAAGUGUAUCCGAAUUCAGGUCCGGGUAUGGUUUUGGGUAUUUGGAUGGUACUUUGUAUAUACGAGCCUAUUUUACAUGGGCUUGGGACUUAUUGGCUAGUUAGAUAGCUUAUUGGGCUGACUGACUUCUUGUUGGACUAUUAUUUAUCAAGUAUACAGAUUUUUUCCACUACAAUUUGUCCCUCACUCUUUGGUAUAGAAUUCAUUCUUUAUCAAAGAGUAAAAACGAAAUUAAUUCUAUCAGAAUUUAUUCAUCUUCCCAAUAGUUAGAGAAAAUUGUUAGAAUAUGCCUUGACUCAAUUUACCCCCGAAAGGUGUACGUGGUUUAAAUUGUUUCCCGGACCCAUGUCCGAAUGUCCGAGUACGUGGCCUUAUUCGGUCACGUCACGUGCAUGUGGCCGAGUGUCCGGUUGGCUGUGGGUGCAUGCAGACCUCGCUGGCCGAGUGACACGCACUCCCGCGCGACUGGUUGUCCGAGCGUCCGAGAGGUUUGACGUGCGCGCUGGCUGACUGAUUGUCCGAGUGGCCGAUUGGCUGUUGAUGCAUGCAAGCCUCGCUGGCCUAGUGACACGAACUCUCGCGCAGCUGGAUGUCCGAGCGGCCGAUAGGUUUGUGACGCGCGCGGCUGGCUGACCGGUUGUCCGAGCGGCCGAGGGGCCUACUGAUGCGCGCAGGCGUAGUUGGUUGGUUGUCCGAGUUGCCGAGGGACUUGCUGAUGCGCGCGGGCCUUGGCCAAGUGGCAUGUUCCCGUGAGUUAGGUAGUCCGAUUGUCCGGUCAAUAUGUUUACUAGCCAGGUAUAUACACGGCCAGGUGGUCGAUUGUUCGAAUGCCUUGCGGACUAGAGUGCAUAUUGUUUGGUACGAACUGUGCGCAUGAGGGGAGCCAGGUUCGAUUGGAGCUCAUAAAUUUUAUCAAUCUUUAUAUGAUUUUUCCUGGGUUUAUAUUUUACUAAGUAUGUCCAAACCCAAAGAUGCUUUUGUGUGAAUUUGUUUGUAGGUGUACUAUUUUCCCCAUUGGAUGGUUGACACUUGUCAUCCAUCCAAGGUCCCUUUGAGCCUAUAAAAGUGAGCAUUGUUUACAAGCUUUUCACAUUUGGUGGAGCAUUUGGUGGGGCUUGUCUUAAAGGCUUGGAGGAAAGCUCUCUAGAGGCAGAGUGAACAUCCCGUUUUCCUGGGUGUGUCGAGGAGUUCAAGGAAGGGUUGAUCGAUUUGCUGAGUUUCGAGAAGAAGAUCGAUUUCCGUAGGUGGCAAGCGAUCUUGUCUGAGGAGAAUCUUCGUGGUAGCUCUUUGUGGAGUCAGGUUCCUCGUCAUCC